AUGUAAAAUUAUAGAUCCUUAUCAAAAUAAUCUUCGUUUAGAUAAAGCAAUAGCUCUUAACAUCACAUCUUAAUGGAUUCACCUAAAUUUUUUUAAGCCAUGAAUAAUUAUGAAUAUGAAGAUUUCCUUAAAUCACCUCAAAUCAUCUACGAUAACAAUUCUUAAAUUCACAAUCCACCUAAUAUGAGUAGAUAAAUCUCUAACUUAAUUUUAUCUGAUUAACAACCUUUAAUCUUAAGAUCAGGUAGAACAUUAAGUUACACUAAUGAAAAGUAAGACCAAACUCAAGAUUAAAAAGAACUUAAUCAAAGAUUCUAAUGUUAGAAUAAUUAAUAAUGCUUAGAACAUGACGAUAAUCAUUAAGAAUGUGUUAAUAUGCCUCAAAAAUAAAAGGUUUAAGAAGCAUAAGCAUUUAAAUUUUAAAAGAAAAAUUAUAACAAGUUCAGUGAAAAUUAACAAUAACCUUGUAAUUGCAAGAAUAGUGGAUGUCUUAGAAGAUAUUGUAGAUGCUUUCAUAGUGGUAAAACUUGUUUAUCAGAAUGCCAGUGUGCAGAAGAAUGCUUAAAUAAUGAACAAAAUUUAUUAGAAAGAAGCAAAGCCAUUAAACAUGUUAAUGAAAAAUGCUAUAGAAAUAAAAAGAUUCCCAAAGAUGCUUUAUUCAAAUUGGAUGUUAUUUAUGGAUGUUCUUGCACUAAAUCUAAAUGUAGAAAAAGAUAUUGUGAAUGUUUUUUAAGAAAUCAGAAUUGCACUAAAAAUUGUAGAUGUUUUGAUUGUUGUAAUCGCCCUAAUUUCAGUACAUAAAAUUGA